AUGGGCACUUAUGUGAAGAAGAAGUUACGGACGAAGUCCAAUGGUAUGGCGGCCAGACCGCAGGUGAUGUAUCAGCACCAACAAAAUCAGCAUGCACAACACCAGCAGCAUCAUCAGCAACAUCAUCAACAAACAAUGCAUCCCGAAGAAGCGGUCACAGCUCACGAUGAGAUGGAUGUGCUAUCAUAUAGAACGGCUGCUGCUACCCGGUAUGUUUACAAUAACGACUGGAUCGAGAAUGUGUUGAGCAAGUACAUCCCCUUCCACAAUGUUAUACCACCUACGAGCUUCCCUGACCCAAUCUACAAGGGCGAGAAAUUGAGUGCGAAUGGGACUGCUCUGGCUCCUUCUGCGAUAAGUACUCCAGCUGGAACCGCUCCGGCUAGACCAGAUUUCAAAGUGGAGGAAAUACAGCCCUUAGACGUUGUCUUUGGCAGUCUAGAGCUGAUGAAACUGAAAUCCAAGGCCCUCGAGGGCGAAAUAGCCGCGCUGGAAGAGUCGCCAUUGAAAGACGGGGCCAAGUCCUUCUUAUCCGAAGAGUACUACUUCCAGAGCUCCAAGUUGAAGGACUUGCGCAUUGCCUUCAAUGCAGUGGCUACGGAAACGGACUUUGCAAGUCAACAGGAAUUGCUUGACAAAACCGUCGAAACCUGGAAGAACACAUACAAGAAGAAACUGGACGAUUCUGUUGUGGAAUCUCGUUUCCAGCAAAAGCAGCUGUUUGUAGAAGGAAAAGUGUCCGUUUCCGUGGAGGAGCUGCGAGAACAGCAGGAGGUGAAGAGAGCCGCACUUUUGGCCUCACAGGCCGAGCUGGAUCUGCAAACGCAGAGUAACUUCCAGAGUGGGUAUGCUGACCUGAACUCGAUCGAAUCCUUUGAUCCGAAUGGAGCAGGAAACAUGAUUUUUGAAGGUAACGAUGCCGUGGCGACAGAAAGCUACAACGGCAACAACGGGCCCGACGUAUUGAACACUGAUAUCACACAGGGGUUUUUUACAGGCGACGAGCUGAUGCUUGACGAUGGGGCUUCUUUCGGAAACAUCCAGUCGACCCUGGACGAUCAGGUGUUUCUUAGUCAGAUGGAGUGA